UCUUUGAGCAACGCAAGACAGACGCAGUGCCACCACAAAAAGAUAAGGAUUUAAAGCCCCACCUUUCAGUAGGCUCAUAUCACUCGCCAGCAGCAUAGAUAGAAUAAGCUUCACAGACUUGGGAACUCCAAUUUGCUCAAUUUUUUUUCAAAGGUGUGCAAGGAAUGAAAGUCUUAUGCUAGCAGGACUCAACUUCUACUUUUUCAAGUCAAUAUGACGCCUGUAAUUCCAUAUUCUAUAAGCAAUGUCUCGCAUAUACCUGGAACUGCCUUUACUGCAAGAAAGAACAGUUGUUUAACAAAAUUCAGUUUUUCGAGGAAAUCUGCAAGACAUACUCUAUCCCCACAGAGUUUUCUUUUACCUUUUUCGACCUCUAUCAAAUCUUUUCCAUUGUACCACAGCAGGUGCCCUGUGCAUCAUAAAUGUAGAAUCCCUGUAUCUGCCACAGGAACUGAUGUAGCGGUUGAGGAAGCAGACUCACCAGUUGCAGAUGCAGCUUCUAGUGAAGCCAAAUCCCCUGAGGAUAGUCCCAGCCCAUCUCAAGAUGCUCAACCAAAGCGUACAAAACCUGUUAGGAAAAGUGCGAUGCCGCCUGUGAAGAAUGAGGAGCUGGUUGUGGGUGCAACUUUUACUGGGAAAGUAAGAUCAAUCCAGCCAUUUGGUGCUUUUAUUGAUUUUGGAGCUUUCACAGAUGGACUCGUACAUGUUUCACAAUUGAGUGAUAGUUACGUUAAGGAUGUUGGAAGCGUUGUUUCUGUUGGGCAAGAGGUGAAGGUGACGUUAGUUGAAGCCAAUGCGGAGACUGGGCGGAUCUCUCUCACUAUGCGUGAACGUGACGAUGGCAGUAAGCCGCAGCAAAGGAAAGAUGCUUCUGCUGGUAGUGAUAGGGGUGGACCUGGUAGAAGGAGUGGCCCAAAGAAAGGAGAUAGGAAAAAUGAGGUGAGAAAAACUACAAAGUUUGAAAAGGGGCAGGACCUAGUGGGCACUGUAAAGAAUUUCGGCAGGGCUGGUGCUUUUAUAUCUCUUCCUGAGGGGGAGGAAGGAUUCCUCCCUACAUCGGAGGAACCAGACGAUGGAUUUGCAAAUGUCAUGGGAGAGACCUCCCUGCAGCUUGGCCAAGAAAUAAAUGUCCGUGUCCUGCGUACUACAAGAGGACAAGUAACCUUGACAAUGAAGAAAGAAGAAGAUAUUCUAAAGUCGGACUCGCAGGUCAGUCAAGGAGUAAUCCACACUGCAACGAACCCAUUCGUUCUGGCGUUCCGCCAAAACAAGGAUAUUGCUUCAUUUUUGGAUGAAAGAGAGAAAAUAGAAAAAGCAGCUAAAGCAAUUCCAAGCAGUGAGUCCAGUAUUCCUGAAGUGUUGGAUGAAAAAGCAAGCAGCGAGGAGGGAACUCUUGGUGUCCCUGCAGCGGUAGAUGAAACUGUUGAAAAUGGUGGUGCUUCUUCAGGGAACCAGGAAAGCCCAGUUUCUAGUACAAUUGAAACACUAGAAACUACAGAACAAACCAUAGAAAAAGAAGAGGUGAGUUCUGAUAUCUUGGCGCCUGAAGGGAGUACAUCUACCACGGAUGGAGUGGAAAAUGCAAGCGCAGAUUCUUCUAGUGAAAUAGCUAAUCACACGUCGGCUUCAGAAAUUCCAACAGGCGAAGAGGUUAUAGAGCCUCAAGUGGAUGAUACCGUAGCAAAAGGUGAACUGCAACCACCUACUUCAGAGAGCGAAAUUCCUUCUGCUGCACUAGAAACUACAGAACAAACAAUAGAAAAAGAAGAGGUGAGUUCUGAUAUCUUGGCUCCUGAAGGGAGUACAUCUACCACGGAUGGAGUGGAAAAUGCAAGUGCGGAUUUGUCUGGUGAAAUAGCUAAUCACACAUCGGCUUCAGAAAUUCCAACAGGCGGAGAGGUUAUAGAGCCUCAAGUAGAUGAUACCAUAGCAAAAGUUGAACUGCAACCACCUACUUCAGAGAGCAAAAUUCCUUCUGCUGCACUAACUGAAGAACCAAAAGAAAAUGAGGCCACCAAAGUUGUAGAAGACCUAGCUGACAACAUUACGGAGGAAGCUCGGAUUCGAACAUCUGCUGCUGAGAGUGAAUUGCCUUCUAUCACACAAGUGGAAGAUGACAAAGUGGACAGUUCUCCCGAGAAGAAUGGCAGUGUUUCUAAUUCAAGUGGACAAUCUGACAAUCCUUCCCCGAAGGAAAGUAAACCUAAAGCUACUAUAUCACCAGCCCUUGUAAAGCAGCUGCGUGAAGAAACAGGAGCUGGAAUGAUGGAUUGCAAAAAUGCUUUGUCAGAGACUGGCGGGGACAUUGUUAAAGCUACGGAGUUCCUCAGAAAGAAAGGUUUAGCAAGUGCAGAAAAGAAAGCCAGCAGAGCCACUGCCGAAGGAAGAAUAGGUUCAUACAUUCACGAUAGCAGAAUAGGUAUCUUGCUAGAGGUAAACUGUGAAACAGAUUUUGUUUCUCGGGGUGACAUUUUCAAGGAGCUGGUUGAUGAUUUAGCCAUGCAAGUGGCUGCAUGCCCUCAAGUACAGUACCUUGCUACAGAAGAUGUUCCUGAAGAGUUUGUGACCAAGGAAAGAACGAUUGAGAUGCAGAAAGAAGAUCUUUUGUCAAAGCCGGAGCAGAUUAGAUCAAAGAUUGUUGACGGGAGGAUAAGGAAGAGGCUUGAGGAGCUGGCAUUGCUUGAGCAGCCUUUCAUUAAGAAUGAUAAGGUGGUGGUGAAGGACUUGGUCAAACAAACCAUUUCAACCAUUGGAGAAAACAUAAAAGUGAAGAGGUUUGUGCGCUACAAUCUUGGAGAGGGCUUGGAGAAGAAGAGUCAGGAUUUUGCUGCUGAAGUGGCUGCCCAAACUGCGGCAAAACCAGUGGCCACGGAAGUAAAAGAGCAGCCUGUUGUAGUGGAAGUCAAGGAAACUGUUGAGAAGGCACCAACUGUAGCCGUCUCUGCCGCUUUGGUUAAACAACUACGCGAUGAAACUGGAGCAGGGAUGAUGGACUGCAAGAAAGCUCUCUCCGAAACUGGAGGGGACCUUGAGAAGGCACAAGAGUACCUGAGGAAGAAGGGUCUUUCUUCUGCUGAAAAGAAAUCCAGCAGGCUUGCUGCUGAAGGCAGGAUUGGAUCCUACAUUCAUGACGCCCGCAUUGGAGUUCUGAUUGAAGUAAACUGCGAGACUGACUUUGUUGGUCGAAGUGAAAAUUUCAAGGGGUUGGUUGAUGAUCUAGCAAUGCAAGUCGUGGCCUGCCCUCAGGUGCAAUAUGUAUCCAUCGAAGACAUUCCGGAGAGCAUUGUGAACAAGGAAAAAGAGCUUGAGAGGCAGAGGGAGGACCUUCUGUCGAAACCCGAGAACAUUAGAGAGAGAAUCGUGGAGGGGAGGAUCUCAAAGAGGCUUGGGGAGCUGGCUCUUUUAGAGCAAGCUUUCAUUAAAGAUGACAGUAUUUUGGUGAAGGACCUAGUGAAGCAGACUGUUGCUGCUCUCGGUGAGAACAUAAAAGUUCGCAGGUUUGUUCGGUUCACUCUCGGGGAGGCAGUUGAGACAGUUGAGGACACAGAAGCUGAAGCAUGAAGAAAAGAUAAAAACUUCGAGUUAGAAUCGAGCUGAAGAGAGGAUAGGAAGGUUGGCGAAACUAAUUUUAGACGGAAAGAGAGAGUUUUGUUUUGGUUUCAGUCUCCAUCUGCAGCUUAGGGCUGAUCGAUGUGUUGCACGGUCGGAAAGAGACUUUUUUUGUUCUACCAGUGAUGGAAAUACAGUUCUGUUGAGGCAUUUUGAAACAAAAAAGUGUAUAAUCUUUACAUGAAACUCAAAUCUCUUUAUAAAAUGCAAGGAGCUUGUAGCUGA